CGUAAACAUCUUGACGCGAAAGUUUCGCGAUGGCAAAGAGUGACGUCAGAGGAGUCAGCACGUGUGCAGGAUCAACAGGUGAAGUGAGCAUCAGUGAGCAUCAGUGACCCUGUGGAGCCAGCCUCAUCACGCGCAUCCCUACACACCAACUCUUCCUUCUGUAUUCAAACAGGUCAUGCGCUCGGUGAUGAAUCCUGUCUACCAAACUUCCUAAUUUGGAUCAUUAUUUCUCUUGUUGGUGGAUGAGUGAGGGAGGUGACGCAGCACCAGUCAUCGCUAGAAGACAGAUCAACGGUCACAAAUCUGUCAAGCUUUAAACCCGGAAAAGACUCUGAAAAGCUCCAGACUCUUAUACUACGCUGUAAUUUGUUUAUAAUUGACAGGUGCGUCAAUUAUAAUCUUUAAACACUGCAUUAUACUUGGCAGAUUAUGGUAUACACAUUAGUGAAAAUGUCAUGUAAAUAGAAAUAGUGCAUCUUUGCACGUAAGCAGUGAAGCGACAUCGAUGCUUCAGUAAGUAGUGAUCUCGAGGCCAGGACGAUGCUGGACCAGCAGCGGUCACUACCUCCCGCCACCCACAACACAGCCUCUAAGGAGAAAUAUGGCCUACGCCCCAGAACUAUCAUUAAGAGGCUGCAACAGGAGAGAGUUCGUCAGGAGGUUUCCAAAAGAACGGUGAAGCCAAAGUCGAGGCCAGCGCCUCUGUCAAAGUACCGCAGGAAGACUGCCAACGCCAGGGAACGUCACCGCAUGAAGGAAAUUAACAAUGCGUUCGAAUCCCUUCGUAAAGUUCUUCCUGACGUAAUGGAGGUUGAGGCAGCAUCUCCUUCCAUGACCAAGAUAACGACUCUGCGCCUCGCUGUUAACUACAUCAGGGCUCUCACUCACGUGCUACAGGAUGAGGGUGAUAAUGAUAUGUGUUCUCUGGAGAGUUCACUGCAUUGUUCCUUCCAGGACUCCCUUCAGCUGGUAGGUGAAGGUGGUGACGUCUCCGUCACCACCUUCACCUACCAGCAUUCAACACCGCCUUUCACUCAGCAGUAUCUCCCUCAAGUGUCUCACUUGUCGAGUUAUUACUCCACUUCCAGUCACAUCUCCAGCUCACCCUCCACAUUGCGAGGAUCACUGGGCAGUGCUAGCGACCUCGAGGACCUCCUUUCUGACGACUCAUGUCUGCUGGAAGACAACCUCGAAGUUUUCCACGACAUCUCUGUUGCUGAUCCCUUUGAUAUCCUCCUGGCAGAAGAAAGAGACUCCCUCAUUUUUACUACUGAAAUCUGUAGUUAGUGACAGCCAUGAUGCAUUCUUGAACGUGAUAUUACUUAGCUAUAAUCAUACAAGAAUACUUUUUCACCAAGUGGUUCACAAUGUGAUGGUGAAAGCAAGUUGUAAUGAUGUGAAAAGUGUGUGUACAUAUGUAUCCCUAAUUCACAGAUAAUUUUUUCAUUUUUUAACGAUGUACGAGAGUGUAUGGCUCUAUCAUGUGCCCAUGUACACUUAUUCUUGAGUUUAAUCGUGUGUACCUAAUCAGGAGACAUUUUUUUAUCGGAGUUGGCUCUUGACGAGAGUGAGAACUGGAGUAGUGAUGAGAAUAUUUGAAAGACAAUUCCGACGCCGCAUCAUAUAUUUUCAAAAUACAAAUUUUACUAGUCUAAUGACGUGCCAUUUUCGUAACUUAAUCAGUUUUGAUAUUUCUGUGACAUGGCAAACUCCGUGGCCAGACAACAUUCUCAUUGCUGUAAGACCUAACAAAACUUAGUAACUUCUGCGUUAGUUUUGUUUUCUGAUCAAACAAAAAACAAACGUUUGCUACAGUAUAGACUUAUUGAAAACAAAUAUUUAAUGUGUUAUUACAUCAGGUCUUCCUUUUAGAGAGAAAUGGACACAAAUGUACGCACUAUGGGCACCUUUACUGGACAUUUAAAUGGACACCUUCCUGAGAUCUUGGCAUGAUCAAGGUCCCAGGACCGAAACGUUUUCGGUGAAGUGCAUUCAUUGAAGUCCAUUUCCCAUUUUAUCUUACUACGAAACUUCGUUCUCGUAGUAACCUACACUGUAGCCAUAAGCUGCCAUAUAUAUUAUUUUUGAAUGUACGAAGAUAUCACGUGUUAUGAUCUAUUUUCUACUAAGCUUUUAAUAAAAUAAAAGUGUACACUUAAUGCCUUUUCAUUGUUCUUCACUUCGUGAGUCCAUGAGUAAGGAACAAAGAUAGCAACAAUUAUCCAGCCUAAAUAUUAUAAUACAAUAACCACAAUAAUGUUAUGACAUACAAUGCUACGAUCACAAUACCGUCAUCAUAUACAAUCCUAAAAUCAAAAUAAACUCAACAUAUAAAAGAUACAACCAAAAUAACGUCAACAUAGACAUUACAAUAAUGGCAACAAUGACAUAACGACAAGACUACAAUAAUGGCAACACUGAUAUAACCACAAGACUACAGUAAUGGUAACACUAAUAU